AUGUGCUUGGGAUGCGGCCUCUGCCUCACUCUCGGGUCUAUCUGUUUGGGAUGCGGCCUCUGCUUCAGUCUCAAGUCCAUGUGUUUGCGAUGCAGCCUCUGCGUCACUCUCGGAUCCAUGUGUUUGGGAUGCGUCCUCUGCCUCACUCUCAGGUCCAUGUGUUUGGGAUGCGGCCUCUGCCUCACUCUCGGGUCCAUGUGUUUGGGAUGCGGCCAUUGCUUCACUCUCGGGUCCAUGUGUUUGCGAUGCAGCCGCUGCGUCAUUCUCGGGUCCAUGUGUUUGGGAUGCAGCCUCUGCCUCACUCUCAGUUCCAUGUGUUUUGGGAUGCGGCCUCUGCCUCACUCUCGGGUCCAUGUGUUUGGGAUGCGGCCUCGGCUCCACUCUCGGGUCCAUGUGUUUGGGAUGCGGCCUCUGCGUCACUCUCGGGUCCAUGUGUUUGGGAUGCGGCCUCUGCCUCACUCUCGGGUCCAUGUGUUUGGGAUGUGGCCUCUGCUUCACUCUCGGGUCCAUGUGUUUGAGAUGCGGGCCCUGCCUCACUCUCAGCUCCAUGUGUUUGGGAUGCGGCCUCUGCCUCACUCUCGGGUCUAUCUGUUUGGUAUGCGGCCUCUGCUUCAGUGUCAGGUUCAUAUGCUUGGGAUGCGUCCUCGGCCUCACUCUCAGGUCCAUGUGUUUGGGUUGUGGCCUCUGCCUCACUCUGGGGUCCAUGUGUUCGGGAUGCGGCCUCUGGUUCACUCUCAGGUCCAUGUGUUCGGGAUGCGGCCUCUGCCUCACUCUGGGGUCCAUGUGUUUGGGAUGCGUCCUCUGCCUCACUCUCGGGUCCAUGUGUUUGCGAUGCGGCCUCUGCCUCACUCUCAUCUCCAUGUGUUUGGGAUGCGGCCUCUGCCUCACUCUUGGGUCCAUGUGUUUGGGAUGUGGCCUCGGCUUCACUCUCGGGUCCAUGUGUUUAGGAUGCGGCCUCUGCCUCACUCUCGGGUCUAUGUGUUUGGGAUGCAGCCACUGUCACUCUCGGGUCCAUGUGUUUGGGAUGCGGCCUCUGCCUCACUCUCGGGUCCAUGUGUUUAG